CUCAUUUCUUCUUCCUCUUCCCUAUUGCACACGUCUUUCCACCCUCCCUCUCCUCAUCCUCCUUCCCGCAAACAGCACACACACCCGCCCACCGUUUCUGAUAUCUCACUUUCGUUUCUAACUCGCUUGAUUAUUCAUAUUUUUGGAUCCUUUCCUUUCUUUAUUAUAAUCCCUGAUGAAUACUACUAUGACCGAUAACAAGUUCCUUUUCCCUACCGACGACUACAUGAGCGAUUACGCUGCCGUCCCGCCUCCAUACGCGACAAAAGUUGAACUUUCUGAAGCUCCCGUGUUGUAUCAAGAAGCCGCAUUGAGCUAUCUGAAUACUAACGCCACCUCAAUCUCUGUUGGAGGAACGACGCCGACGACGACGACGACAGACGCUUCGACAGCGUCCAUGGUUGAUCAGUCGAGUGUCGCCUUUCAACAACAACACCACCACCACCACCAACAGGCACAACAGCUGUUUCCCGAAGUAUCAGUGGCUUCACAGCAAAUGACGCCACGACCACAACAACACGAAGUUUGUGGUUUUGGGAUGCAACGGAACGAUCCCGACACGCCAAUGUCAACGUUGACGUCCUGCUGCACUUCCCCUGCACCUGCGCCCAUGAUGAACACGUCAAUGGCAAAUGCCCCCAUUGGUCUAGGUCUUUUACCGUGCACACCGACAUCACCGAGCACGUCGUCGCCAUCUCCAUCGUCAUCAGCAUCCGUUUCCUCAUCGCUUGCGCAAUGCGCAAUAAGUGAGGCUCCACGACCACAGCACCAACAACAACAGUUGUCCAGCGACAGUUUUUAUCCAGAGUUUCUGCAGUACUCUAGAGAAAGCUAUGAGGAGCAGCAGCCCAAUCAACAGUCGUCGUCGGGGCGGAAAAAACGUCGAAAUCAAGCACCGUGUGGCAAUUCUGAUGCAGUUACCCCUAGCACGCCUCCGGUAGCAGCAGGAGCAGCGAUCGAUGAUGUCGCAGAAAAUGACAGCCAUCAAGGCACUAACUCAGCGUCGCCUACGACGGACGAAUGGUCAGAUCACAUUAAAACUGAAGCUACCGCAUCACAGCAUCAGCCACAAUCGUUGAUCUCAAAUUCUGAAUUGCGUCGUCAAAUCCACAUUCAGUCUGAGCAGAAGCGACGUGCACAAAUUAAAGACGGCUUCGAAGAUCUGCGGAACGAGUUACCAAGCUGCUUGAAUAAGAAGAUGAGUAAGGUUGCAUUGUUACACAGAACUGUCCAACAUAUCCAACAUCUCAAAAGCACUCAAGUAUCCAUUCUGGCAGAGCUUGAGCGACUCGUUAAUGAGAAUGAACAACUGCGAAAAUUUCAAGAAGGCGUUCUACAGAAGCAAGCGAUAGAGAAGAUGUACCACAUGAACGCACAUCCACUGUAAUCUUGCGCUGCUGUUCGCUCUAUCUUAUAUAAUUUAUAAUUAUGUUCUCGGUCCGUUUUCUAUGUAUUUACGUUUUUGCAUUUCUUCCUUUCUCCCCGCUUCUAUCACACAUACCCACAUUUUCUUCGCUUCAGUAUCCUUCUAGGAAGGAAACCGAAUCAGUUCUCCACCUUUUGUUUCCGUAUUGAGCGUUGCAUACUUCCCCCCCCCUUUCACCUCCCUUUGCAUAAUCAACCAUCAAACACACAAACACAUUAAUGUCACAACCCUCCCAACCUUUGUAUAUGCGUAUCACAUCCUUUUAUGCCCUCCAUUUUCUCUUUUUCC